UUUGUUCUUCCGCGGGAUCCGUGCAGCCUGGUGAACCGGAAGUAACAUUUUGAAUGUUCGGCGCGUUUAAUUUCGGCAGUUUUGUUGUGACAGUGAAAGAAAACGCAGAAUGGCCUCCCCUCCCAAAUGCAUCAAUGAGAGCGCGUUCAAGACCCCUAAAAACGCCCGAGUGAGGAGCUUCGAAAGCAAUGGAGGGACCCCAAUCACAAUCCCGGCUUCCCCCUUCAUGAAGAAGUUGGGCUGUGGGACUGGAGUCAACGUUUACCUCAUGAGCAGAGUGGGGAAGUUAAAUGCUUCUCCCUGGGCUGUCAAGAAGAUCAACAGCAAGUGUGCAACCAAACAGUUGGCGGUUUACCAGAAGCGCCUGAACGAGGAGGCGGAGGUCCUGAAAGGAAUCAAUCAUCCAAACAUUGUUGGGUUUCGUGCCUUCGCCACAGCCAAAGAUGGAUCAAAGUGUCUGGCGAUGGAAUACGGAGGAGAGCAGUCCCUUAAUGACCUGAUAGAGAAGAGGAAAGCGGAUGGCCUGAAAGCUUUCCCUGCUGUCAACAUAGAAAAAGUAGCACUGCAUGUUGCUCGUGGCCUUCAGUAUCUCCACAAUGAGAAGAAGCUGCUGCAUGGCGACAUGAAGUCAUGCAACGUUGUCAUUAAGGGCGACUUUGAGACCGUCAAGAUCUGCGAUGUUGGUGUGUCUCUGCAGCUCGACGAGAACAUGAAAGUGUCAGACCCAGAGGCGGAGUACAUCGGCACAGAGCCGUGGAGACCGAAGGAAACUCUGGAUGGGGAAGGGGAGAUCACUGACAAGGCUGACAUCUUCGCCUAUGGUCUGACUCUGUGGGAGAUGAUGAUGCUGGCCAUGCCUCAUCUGGAGAUGCUCAAGGAUGAUGACGACGAUGAGGAGGAGGAGGAGGAUGAAGAGGACUCGAUGGAGGAGAGUUUUGACGAGGAUGCUUACUACGAGAGGUUGGGGACGAGACCAGGGCUGGAUGUCGAGGCUCUGGGCAGCUCUUACCGGAGGAUGGUGGAGCUUUUUUAUCUUUGCACAGAGGAAGACCCCAAGAAGAGACCCUCAGCCGCCCAGAUCCUCCAGGCUUUAGAGAGCAACGCCUCGCUGGAUAAAACGCCCAGUGCGGUGAUUGUUAUCGACUGAUGGUGAGGCGAUACCAAUCCAGACUGUUUAAAGUAUCUUUUGUCAGGGAUUUAAAGAGAUAGCUGACAAUAUAAACCCAACCUGAAUCCCGUGCAUCCGUUUGACUAGUUUGGGAUUUUGUUUCUCUGUAAUUUCAAAGCUCCAGGAAAUGUAAAUGUCGAGAGGAUCCAGCUUAGACGUAGAAACACAUCUGUCACUGUAAUCUCUUUACUGUCCAUGUAUGCUGACACUUUCACAUUUGUCUGUCAUUUAUUUGUAUCUUGUCUUUGCUAUACAGUAUUUUCUUUCCAUAUAUGUAAACUGUUCCUUUACUUUUCUUCUUAAAGUUUCUUUCUGCACUUCUGUAAACUUUGAUAUUUCUUGAUGAAACUC